AUGCCACUUAAUCGCAUUCGUUUCAAUGUCGGAGGAUCGGUUUUUGAAACCACUGAUGAAACACUGAACCGUAUUGAUGGAACAAUGCUUAAAGCGUUAUGUCAAGAAAAUUGGGCUGAUUCAAAGAAAGAAGAAAUAUUUAUUGAUCGUGAUCCGACGCACUUCCGACUGAUCUUAAAUUUCUUACGUGAUGGGGCCUCAGCGUUACCUGUCAAUGAAAAAGAUUUGGUGGAAAUAGAACGUGAAGCUGAUUUUUACGGAGUAGCUGAAUUAGCAAGGGCCUGUAGAAAUCAUCUGGAGGAGGUAAAUCUUGGUAAUGAAGUCAAGUGGAAGCCGGAAGCUGUGGAAUAUUACUGGAGAUCGUUUGUGCGAUUUUGGGUAGAUGACAGCCUUAUACUGCCGUUUACAUAUGAAAGAAAUGGGCAUAUGCUUGCCAAAUGUAUAGCUUGUGAUGAGAUACAAGAACCAAAGUGCUCAUAUAAAUAUGACAUACCGGAGGAUACGUGGAGGGCAAUGGCGCAUCAUAUGUUGUACAUGUGCGGUACUGUAACUCAGCUUAUUGGUGACAGCUGUUGCGUGGUUCAGUGGAGCAACGGCCGGAUUAUACAUGUACCCUUAUCGGCUCUAAUGAAAAUUUGCUGA